AACUCUCCUCCCUUUCCCUAAUUGGCUUUGUUUUCGUAGUUUCUUCCCGCGUUUCUUCUCGUUCUUCUCGUUGCUUCUAGUCUGACCACGUCGUCUCGCCGGAAUCUCGAAAUUUUAGCCGCCGAGCUUUCCUGUACUCACGGUGUCGCUGAUUUACCAACGGAAAGCUAGACAAUAGUACCACCGACCUAAACUCAAGUCAGCUCGGAACAAGCAUGGAGCCCGCCAAGCCGGCGCUUCGUAUCUUCGCGGCAUCUGAUUCCUACGGAGCGAUUCUUAGAACCGCCAUGGUCAGUUAUCUUCGCUCGAAAGGCAUCCAGGUUGAAGAUUACGGCGAAGACAAGUACUACACCGCGGGUGAACGCGUCGCCAAAAGCGUCGCUGCUGGUCGCUCAGCGACAGAUUCUCCUCCAUACGACACGCGCGGGCUGCUCGUGUGCGGCACCGGCACCGGCGUUACAGUUUUCGCGAAUAAAAUCCCGACAGUGUACGCUGUUCUGUGCGACAGUGCUGACGUGGCGAAGAAUGCCAGGUCGAUCAACAACUGUAACGUACUCUGCAUGGGCCAGUUUCAGACCUCCCCGGAGAAAGGGCAAGAGAUUGUGGACGCUUGGCUUGCGACGGAUUUCAAGGCGCCGUGUCCGGCGAGUGGUAACCAGCCGUGGAACGAAGAAGUAUUUAAUUUCCUCACGAAAUCGGUUGACGAAAUGGCUGAAAUCGGGAAACCGGAAUCGUUACAAAUAUCGGGAGCUGCCAAACCAGAAUCUGGGGUUUCACAAGAGGGCAAGGCAGCAGCAUGAAAAUACUUGCUUCAGGAGAGUUUCAGGAGCUACUAUCCAGUAGUUUAUUCUGCUGUAAGGAGGCGCUUGUAAGGCGCUAGACAAGCCCUGGAUGGGGUUGAACGGGUACCAAGUGGUAGGGGGGUAUGUGGUGCGGUAGGCUGCUUUGUGCAUUGUUUCUGUAAGUAUGAAGUGAAAGAACAACUUCUG